UGUGGACCCCGCCGUCCUCAUUGCCGGAUCCCUCCAAGAUCCCGAAAUCCCAAUCAACUCCAGGCCAACCUACCCGCAAAGAUCCCAAGAACGUACGCUUCUCUCGGCGCCGGCUUUCUCCCCCCGAACUCGACCGUCCCCCCUCACCGCCGGCGAAGAAGAUGCACCUGUGGCCAUCGCUCCGGAUCCGCGACUCGUUCAAGCACGGCUACCUCCAGAAGCUGGAGCUCAACCUCGGGCACAUGAAGCGCGCGCAGCGGCAGCGCCAGGGGCGGCAGGGUGAGGGCCAGGAGGACCAGGACGGCGAGCCCGGCGGCAGCGGGAAGGCGCCGCUGCUCGAGGACCGCUCUCCGUCGCGGUCCGUGCUGGCCGGCGCGCUCGAGCUCGCCUGGGACGCCGUCUUGCUCCUCACCUGUUGCUGCUGUUGCUUCUGCUGCGGAGCUUGUAGCGAUGAGGAGGAUCACCCAACUGCCCGCUAAGAAGCGCCUUCAGGGGGCUGAUAAUUCAUCAGAUCAGGAAAACCAGAUAAUUUGUGGGCAUAAUGAAUUGCAGUCAAAUAGUUUAAAUAGUUUCGGUCAGCUUUGUACAUAUGGAUUUCUAUUUAUUAAUCCCUAUUAUGCGGCCCAUAGAUGUCGCUGAUAAACGGAAAAAGAUCCUUAAUUUUUUGUUGGAAAUCCGUUGUGUAGGCAUUUUCGGGCCUGUUCGUAUCUGUAUUCAGGAUAAUCUGUGCGAUUGCUGUUUAUCGCCGACACAAUGGCGUUUGGUCCACGUGACGCUUGCCCGCA